AUGUUUGGUGCUAACCUCACCACCUUCCACCCCACUGUGUUCAUCCUUCUCGGCAUCCCAGGACUGGAGAACUACCAUGCUUGGCUUUCCAUCCCCUUCUGCCUCAUGUACAUCACUGCGGUCUUGGGAAAUGGAGCCCUCAUCCUUGUUGUCCUCAAUGAUCGCACCCUCCAUGAACCCAUGUAUGUCUUCCUCUCCAUGCUUGCUGGCACUGACAUCUUGCUGUCCACCACCACUGUGCCCAAGGCCCUGGCUAUCUUCUGGUUCCAUGCUGGGGAGAUUGCCUUUGACACCUGCAUUACUCAGAUGUUUUUCAUCCAUGUUGCCUUUGUGGCUGAGUCAGGAAUCCUGCUGGCCAUGGCAUUUGACCGCUAUGUGGCCAUUUGUACUCCCUUGAGAUACACAGCUAUCUUAACUCCCAUGGCAAUCGGAAAAAUGACUCUGGCAAUCUGGGGCCGGAGCAUUGGGACCAUUUUCCCUAUCAUAUUCCUGCUGAAGAGGCUGCCAUACUGUCGGACCAAUAUCAUCCCCCACUCAUACUGUGAGCACAUUGGGGUGGCUCGAUUGGCCUGCGCUGACAUCACUGUCAAUAUCUGGUAUGGUUUCUCAGUGCCAAUGGCAUCAGUUUUGGUAGAUGUUGCACUCAUUGGUAUUUCCUACACUUUGAUCCUCCAAGCUGUGUUUAGACUUCCUUCCCAGGAUGCCCGGCACAAGGCUUUGAAUACUUGUGGUUCCCACAUUGGAGUCAUUCUCCUUUUCUUCAUCCCAUCGUUUUUCACUUUUCUGACCCAUCGCUUUGGCAAGAAUAUCCCCCACCAUGUCCACAUCCUUCUGGCAAAUCUCUAUGUGUUAAUUCCCCCCAUGCUUAAUCCCAUCAUCUAUGGAGCAAAGACAAAGCAAAUCAGGGACAGUAUGGCUCACGUGUUAUCUACUGUGGGAAAGUACUGA